UAUGCCAUUCUUUUGCACGCAACAGGGUUGCGCCGUCGUUGCCAUGGGAAUCCAGGAGACCUCUUUCCUGGUUUAUUUUGCUGCUCUCGCUUCGCAGGUUUCCGAGCAGUGCCGCACGCCGACCUCUUCGCGUUUGGGGGGCCUGUCACAAUGCCCAGUGAAACUCUCUGGGAAAUCGCAAAAGCUGAAGUGGAAAAAAGAGGAAGGAUCGGCCGCGAAGGCGAUGGAGUUGAGAUUGGAGAAAAGUCUGUUUUCUUCAUAGGCAGUAAAAAUGGGGGGAAGACUACUAUUAUUUUAAGGUGUCUUGACAGGGACGAGCCACCAAAGCCUACCUUAGCUUUGGAAUAUACGUAUGGAAGAAGAGCAAAAGGCCAUAACACGCCAAAGGAUAUUGCUCACUUUUGGGAACUGGGUGGAGGAACCUCGUUGUUGGACUUAAUCAGCAUACCGAUCACAAGUGACCUUUUGCGGACAUUUUCUAUUGUUCUUGUUCUGGAUCUUUCAAAGCCUAAUCACCUUUGGCCCACCAUGGAAAAUCUGUUGCAAGCCACAAGAAGCCAUGUAGAUAAAGUGAUAAUGAAACUGGGAAGGACAAAUUCUAAAGCAGCUUCUGAAAUGAGACAGAAGAUGUGGAGCACCAUGCAGAAGGAACAUCCAGAUCGUGAAUUAAUUGACCCGUUUCCAGUUCCUCUGGUCAUAAUUGGAAGUAAAUAUGAUAUUUUUCAGGAUUUUGACUCUGAGAAGAGAAAAGUAAUAUGCAAGACACUUCGAUUUGUUGCACAUUAUUAUGGAGCAUCAUUGAUGUUUACCAGCAAAUCAGAAGCUCUCUUACUAAAAAUACGUGGAGUUAUCAACCAGUUGGCAUUUGGCAUUGAUAGAAGCAAAUCGAUAUGUGUGGAUCAGAAUAAACCACUGUUUAUCACAGCAGGAUUGGAUUCUUUGUGUCAGAUAGGUCCUCCUCCUGCUCCUGAUAAUGACAUUGGAAAGUUUCAUGCUCACACACCAAUGGAGCUGUGGAAAAAAGUUUAUGAAAAGCUGUUCCCACCAAAGAGAAUCAACACACUGAAAGACCUCAAGGACCCGGCACGAGAUCCCCAGUAUGCGGAGAGUGAAGUGGAUGAGAUGAGGGUUCAGAAGGAUCAGGAACUGGAGCAGUACAAGAGAAAUGCUUCCAAGUCUUGGAAACAAAUUGAGCUUGACUCUUGAACCUAACUCAGCUAUUUUAUUGAUUUUCUUUCCCAAAUUCAAGUAAGAUUAUUUUAUUAAUUAAUUCUCGUGGCUGUCUGUGAAGAAAGUUAAGAAGUGUGAUUUGUUAGAGGAAAAGCUCCGUUUUCUCUAAUACAACUUUUUUUUGGAUACUCUAAGACUUUUAAAAAGGAAAAACAUUUUAUAACUGUAUGUAAUAUUUCUCAAAAAUAAAGGAACCUCCUGUUA